GAUAGACCAUAGACAGAUAUAAAGUUUAUAUAAAAACUCACACAUGUUUUGUUCAUCAAGUUUAAGAAACAAUUAAGUUGUAUAGUUUUUAAAAUAUUGAAUGGAUGAAAUUGAAGUUCCACAGUAUUUCAUUUGUCCAAUCUCACUCCAAAUAAUGAAAGAUCCUGUUACUGCCAUAACAGGCAUAACAUACGAUCGAGAUAGCAUUGAACAUUGGUUAUUCACAAACAAAAACACUACUUAUUGUCCUGUCACAAAACAACCUCUUCCAUUAGAUUCUGAUUUAACACCAAACCAUACACUUCGUCGUUUGAUUCAAUCUUGGUGCACCCAAAAUGCUUCACUUGGUAUUGAUCGAAUUCCCACUCCAAAACCACCACUCACAAAAACCCAUGUCCUUAAACUGCUCAAAAAUUUCGAUGAUCCAUCAGUUCAAUUAAAGAGUUUAAUCCAAUUGGAAUUGCUUGCUGCAGAGAAUGAAAGGAAUAGAAAGUGUUUGUUAGAAGCUCGUGUUCCGAAGGCGAUGAUUUUGUUCAUAGUUGAUUGUUAUAGAAAAAAAGGUUCCAUUUUUGAAGGUCUUGAAGAAGCUCUUAGUUUUUUGCAAUUUGUUAAGGUACCAACAGAGGAAAUUAAUAAUCUUUUAGCUGAAAAUGAUGACAUAAUUGAUUCUCUUAUAUGGGUUUUGUCUAUUGAGGUUAAAAAUUCAAUCUUUGUGAAAUCUCAUGCAAUUUUAGUGCUUAAAAGAUUCAUAAACAAAGUUAAUACUUUUGUUUUAGAAAGGUUGAAACCUGAAUUCUUUGAAAGAAUUGUGAAGAUUUUAAGAAAAGAUUCAAUUACACAACAAGGUUUAUGUUCUGCUUUACAAGUUUUGUUAUGUGCUUGUCCUUUGGGAAGAAACAGGUUAAUGAUGGUUGAAGUUGGUGCUGUUUUUGAACUUGUUGAAGUUGAAUUAAUUUCACAAGAGAAGAGAAUAACAGAACUAACUUUUUCUAUUCUGUUUCAUUUGUGUUCUUGUGCUAAUGGAAGAGCUCAAUUUUUGAGUCAUGAAGGUUCAAUUGCAUUGUUGAGUGAGAGAAUCUUGAAGGUUUCAAUGGAUGUUGAUGAUAGAGCUGUUUUUAUACUCUCAUUGAUAUCUAAAUUCUCUGCCACAAAAAUUGUUUUGCAAGAGAUGUUGAAUGUUGGAAUUGUGAAUAAGCUUUUCAUGUUGCUUCAAGCUAAUCAUGCUAAGUAUUUGAAAGAUAAAGCAAUGGAAAUAAUUAAGUCUCAUUCUGAUGUUUGGAAGAAUUCUCCUUGCUUUCCUCAAACAUUUUGUUAUGAGAGUUUGCAUUGGUGAAAUUAAUGUUAAGAUUAAGAUCUUGAUGAAGCACUGUUGAAAAAUAGUUUCUGUUUUCUGGUGUACAUGUCAUACAAUUGUCACAUAUAGUAUAUUUUAUUUAAGAUAACAAUCAAUCUUAUAUAAUAAAAUUAUAAUCCGAUUCAUUGUAUA